AUGGCGACGGCUGAUAUUGAGGGGCCGCUGCUUCAGCAGCUGGAUCGCGACGGCGCGAUAGCGGACUCUGGGGACUUUGCAGCGGCCAAUGGCUGGGAGCAUAACGCAGUGGUGGGAGUUAUCAAGAGCUUGGAGGCGGCCGAGAUGGUGGUGACGCAGGACAUCUCCCACUCAAAGCAUGUAGUGCGGCCCGACGCGGAGGCGUAUGCGACCGCGGGAUCGCCCGAGGCGCAGGUGUUUGCGGCAGUGCCGCCAGAGGGCGUCACCCUGGCGGCCCUCAAGGCGGCGCUGCCCGGUGACGUAGCUGACCUGGGCUUCCGGCAGGCCAUGCAGCAGAAAUGGGUGGCCACCGACAAGAGCAGUGGCGAGCCGCGUGUUGUGCGCAAGGUGGAGUCCAUUGUGGACACAGUCCAGCAGCAGCUGCAGACGCUGCUGUCUGGUGGGGACCUACCUGCGGCCGACCUGGAGGCUCUCACCAAGAAGCGAAAGAUGCUGCAGCUCAACUCCUGGAAGACGUUCUCUUUGUCAAAAGGGCCCAAAUUUGCGCUGCAGCGGAAGAGGCAGGCCACAGAGCUCACAGCAGAGAUGAUUGCCAAGGGCACCUGGCGUGACCAGGAGUUCAAGGACUACAACUUCAAUGCGCUGGGGCUGCCGCCAAACGGCGGGGCCCUGCACCCCCUGCUCAAGGUGCGCACCCAGUACCGCAAGAUCUUCACGCUCAUGGGCUUUGAGGAGAUGCCCACCAACAAUUACGUGGAGUCAUCCUUCUGGAACUUUGACGCACUCUUCCAGCCGCAGCAGCACCCCGCGCGUGACGCUCACGACACGUUCUUCACCACGCGGCCCGCCACCACAGACACCUUCCCGGAGGACUACCUCGCACGCGUCAAGUCUGUCCACGAGCACGGCGGCUACGGGUCUGCUGGGUACGGCUACUGCUGGAAGAGGCUCGCCAUCAUCACGCCCUCAACAAUCAUGUGCCCCGCAUUGCCCACAAGUUGGUCACCUCCCCUCCUACCCCUGUAG